AUGGGAGACAAGCGCAAGGCUGAGGCUCCGCCAGAGGGAUCACGCCGCAGUGAACGCCUGCAGACUGUCAAGAGGCAAAAGAUUGCCGAUGAGGAGACUACUUCGCAUGCCAUACCAGCUAAGCCUAAGCGCUUCCAUCGUCCGCGGCAGCGCAAGUCAUGCCACCUGCUCAACUUGCCAGGAGAGAUCAGAAACAGAAUCUACCGCUAUGCUCUGGUCAAGGCCAAACCCAUCAAGGUGACGCGCAAAGGUCCCGGCGAACCAAGUCUAUUGCGUGUGUGCAACCGUAUCCGCCGUGAAGCUUGUAGUAUCUACUACGCCGAGAACGAGUUCGAGGUGCACGUGGAGGACUUCGACGGCGAAGCUCUUGUCCCAUUCAAGAAUCAAUACUCUUCCUUCUACAACUGGCUGAACGGACAGCGCCGUGGCGUCAAUGUUACCAACCUGAUGAAAGGCAAGCCAGACUGGGACAACCUCGUCGCGUGGGCUAAGGCCGAUCGCUAUCGUACAGCUUUCUGGCCAGACAUUUUCGGUGCCUACUGUCCAACUCACCAAGUUGUUGCCAGCACCUUCAGAAUCGUGGAUUCUAUGGAUGGACUACCAUGGUGUGAAGUGGAGCAGGCGCUCGACGCAAUGCGAGAGGUACUGGAUGGGCUGCCAUCUCCGUGGGCAGAAUUCCCAGGAUGGUACUGA